GCUGUGUGCUGCAUUUGUAUGCCUGAAGGAGACUUUCGCUGAAAUUCCACCAGCUGCUUUAAUGUCAGAAUUAUGACACUGACUACAGACAAGGUGUACGAUGGGAUGGACAUCAUUGACCUUCUGCUCAAAAACACAGGUGAAUCCACCAGUUGCCACAGCAACCAAACGUGGACCAGCUCAACUAAUGAUACACUGAGCACUAAGCAAAGUGAUCCUGAUGAUUUCUUGGAGUUCCUGCUGCAUGGGAGCGACUCCUCCUCUGUGCCAGCAUCACCCCUGUGGUCUCCCUGCACCAGUGACAGUGGCAUCACCGAGGACCCCCUGACAGAUCCCACAAACAGCCCUCACACAGCCUCCUGCACAGCCUCCACUCCCUGUGAUAUUCAGGCUUUCACGCAGUCUUCGUGUCUCGUGAAUCAGACAGUGGCAAAUGAAAAAAAGCCAGAUGUUGUUAUCGAUCUCGGCUGUGAGUCUGGCAGCAUAGAGGAGGAUAUCGGAAUUUCAUACUACCUCACCACAAACCAAAAUCCUUUGCAACCACCCAGCCAUUCUCUCACCGUGAAGGACCUGCUGUUAUCCAACCUGGGAGACAAAGCGCAGCGAAUCCCCCAGCAUUCCUUGCGGGAGCUUGUACUUAAUGAGGAUGAGAAGAAACUUCUGGCUAAAGAAGGGGUAAACUUGCCCAGCAGACUGCCUCUAUCCAAGUUUGAAGAGAGAGUUUUGAAAAAGAUCCGGCGGAAAAUCCGCAACAAGCGCUCAGCUCAGGAAAGUCGGAAGAAGAAAAGGGAAUAUGUCGAUAGCCUGGAAGAAAGGAUGUCUGCAUGUGGUGCUCACAACCUCGAGUUGCAGAGAAAGAUCCAGCAGCUGGAGGAGACCAACAAUGCUCUGCUGGAGCAGCUAAGCCGGCUACAGGCUCUCCUUCCUAAUGGCCCCAGCAAAACAAGACAGAAAGCAACCUGCAUCCUGGUCUUGCUCCUCUCCUUCUCCCUGCUGAUUUCUUCAAAUCUUCGACCAGACCCUUACAGCCGGCUCAGUCAGGCAGACUAUGCAGAGACCAAAGUGCCGUCCCGCUCCCUGCAGUCGAUGGAUGAUGCCCGAGACAUCCCUCCUCCUCCACCUCCUUCUCUUCCUCUUCCUCUCCUCUGCGUUACUAGGGGCUUUGAAGCCCUGCGCAAUCUGACAGAGAAGAUUAGGCCCUGGACAGAUCUCCCCAAAGCAGACGUCCCCUUCUCUCGUCAUCAAGAUCACAGGCACAAGGACCUUCACUGAUUUAUUCUAACAAGAAAGACGUGGCGCAGGGGUGCGAGUUUGGAUGCGAGUGCAGCCCCCAACAGGGUAGUUUAAAAGCUUCUCUGCAUCUGCUUUUCACUACAGAGGCUGGGUGAGAGGCUGCUCCAGCACAUAAACAUCCAUUUGAAAGGUGUUUCAGGAAUGCACUUUCGCAAAGGCCAGUAAAGAGGUCAUUGACGUGGAUGUAAUCAUUUUUCAUUUUGCUCUGAAUAAAAAGCCUUUAAGCACCUGGUGGAUCAUGUAUGCUGGAUCAUACCUGUGCAGCUGAUGCCUGUUAAAUACAAACA